UUUCCGAGGUUAUCCGAAGCCUUGUGGAGAACCACAAUUAAGUUGGACAGGAAGACAGGAUUAUUUGUUGUAGUUUAUUGUUUUUUGAAUAUUUUCAUAUUAUUUUAAGACUGUAUGAAUAAUUAAGCAUAAAUAUUUAUGUUUGGGAGAAGAAUUAUUCUUACCAGUCAACGAUUAUUUAAAAAAUGAAGACUCUUAUUGACUUUAACGAGUGUCUACGGGAUACGCCGAAAUUUCGGUCUUGUCUUGAAAAUGUUGAAGGAAGCAUUGAUCAAUUGGAGCAAAAGUUGGAAAAGGUACUAAAAUCUUGUCAUUCCAUGAUUGAUGCUGGGAAGGUAUACGUCGGCCAGCAAACUCAAUUUACUAACAGUCUUUGGGAAUUAUCAUCUUACUUUGGUGAUGACGAAACAAUGAUGGCUUAUUUAAAUAAAUUAAUCCAUGCAUUGCAAGAAAUGAAUAAAUUUCAUUCCAUUUUACUAGAUCAAGCAUCAAGAACUGUUGUUAAAGAUUUACAUUCUUUCAUUAGGAGAGAUAUUCAAAAGGUGAAAGAAUCUCGACAUUACUUUGAAAAAAUAUCUGGAGACUUGGAUAUCGCAUUAAAUCGAAAUUCUCAAGUUCCAAAAUCACGUCCAGCUGAAUAUGAAGAAGUUUCAAAUAUUUUGUCAGCAACAAGAUCAUGUUUCCGUCAUACGGCAUUGGAUUACGUGCAUGCCUUAACGAUGUUACAAGCACGUAGACGUCAUGAAAUAUUGGGAUCAUUAUUGAGUUACAUGCAUGCCUGCUUUACUUAUUAUCAUCAAGGGAGCGAUUUAGCUCAAGAUUUAGAUCCAUUCCUCAAAGAUCUUGGCGAAGAAUUGAUAACAAUGAGGGCAGAAUCUGUAAAGCUAGAAAAAGAAAUGGAAAAUCGUCAUAGUUACGUAACAAAUCGAGACUUAAUUCCCACAUCAGCUGGUAAUUCGAGAAUGGAAGGGUAUCUUUUUAAAAGAACAAGUAAUGCUUUUAAAACGUGGAACAGACGGUGGUUUUGUUUGAAAGAUCAUCAAUUAGUUUAUAAGAAAAGAACUGGCGAUGAAGAUUAUACAAUAAUGGAAGAAGACUUACGUUUAUGUACAGUUAAAUCGAUAGUAGAUUGCGAUAGGAGAAAUUGUUUUGAAGUUUUAAGCCCCACUAAAAGUCAUAUUUUACAAGCUGAUAGCGAAGAAAUGUAUCUGGCCUGGGUUACUGCAACACAGCAAGCAAUUGGUGCUGCUAUUCAAAGAGGAAUGGGUGCUUACUCUAGUGUAACAAAUACUCUUGAACUGCAAAAAAAGAAUUCGAGAGGGCCUAUUAGACAUUCCCAGAGGUCAAAAACUCGGGUUUGGGAACAAUUACUUAAAAUUCCUGGCAACGAUAUUUGUUGUGAUUGUGGGAGUCCAAAUCCCAAGUGGGCUAGUAUUAAUUUAGGAAUAACUCUCUGUAUUGAAUGCUCUGGUGUUCACAGAAGUCUUGGAGUCCAUUAUAGUAAAGUACGUUCGUUAACUUUAGAUGAUUGGGAACCAGAAAUACUUAAAGUUAUGGCUGAGUUAGGUAACAAUGUUGUUAAUAAUGUUUAUGAAGCCAUAACUAUUUCACCAGACAUUCAAAAAGCAACACCAAAAUGUUCCAGCAAUAUUCGGGAAUCGUGGAUCAAAGCAAAAUAUGUUGACAGGAAGUUUGUUAAACCUUUAUCGAAUCUCACACUUCCUGGGCAUCAAUCUAGCCGUGAAAUUAUGCGGUUUCGCAAGUGGAGUGUAAGAAAAUUGCGACGUAGACCAAGAAGUCAUGACAAAUUUGAUGCUUCAAAUAGAAAUAGAAAUUGGACAAAAGAAAUAUCCAAUUCAAUCAAUGUAAAUGAAAGUUUAAAUUCAGCCGAAGAAAUCUGUAAGUCAGAAGAGAGCUCCAUGAGUUCAGAAAGUGGACAUGUAGAUUUAAAAAAUAACUCAACAUUAUAUGGUAAAAUAUUAACAACAAUGCAAAGCCAAAAUGAAAAUAAACAGACUAAAGAAGUAGACGAAAUUAGUUAUAAACCAUUAAAUCAAGACGACAGUGAAAUCACAGAAGAGGCCAAAAAAUUAUGUUUAACCAGAUCUAUAUCUGAUACUUCCGAUGAAAUUUGUGAUACUUUAGAACACAAAAAAAUUCUAAUAGAAAGUAGUAGUGACGAUAAAUCACUUGAAUCAGACGUUUUAAUGUUUGGAUGCGAUUUGCCAAAACCAUUUAUCGAAAGUAGUCUAGAGCUUAGCUCUGAUCAAGAUUCUACAGCAGGUGAAGAAGAAGAAUUUGCUGAUGAAGAAGAUAUAGAAAAUUUACAUGCUGAUAUGCUACUCUAUAAAGCUGCUGCCGCUCAUAAUCUUCCAGUAAUGUGCACUGCCUUAGCCGCGGGUGCUGAUAAAAUGUGGUGCAACGUUAAUGACCGUGGAAGAACUGCUUUACACCAGGCUAUUAUAAGUGGAUCUGUGAUGUCAUGUGAAUACCUCAUUUUAAACGGUGCUAAAAUAAAUUGCCAAGAUGCUGAAGGAAAAACUCCUCUUUAUUUAGCAACUGAGUUAGGACAUACUGCACAAGUUUGCUUAUUAUUAAAGCAUCGGGCAGAUCAACAUAUUGAAGAUGAAAGUGGAAUUAAACCGCUAUCAAUUGCCGUAAAGGAAGCAAAUGCUGAUAUAGUAACUCUUUUACGCUUAGGACUUUUAAAUGAAGAAAUGAAAGACUCAGAGAUAGGAAUCGCUGGGGAUGAAACAUUUAACGAUGUAGUGCGUGAUUUCAGUCAAUUAGCAUGUUCUCAUCCCGAACGGCUACAUCGUCGGAAUGAAGGAAGUAACGUUCAAAAUACUCCGGAAUAAUGAUUAUCAACUUCUCAGUUGAAUGCUAUGUACUUCCAACACUUUUACAAGUAAUUAGUAAAAAGUACAACUUUUCCGAGCUUUAGAAACGUGAUUGCUUAAGAGAUACUGCAUAAUUGGUUGGUUAGUAAAAAGCAAUUACAUUUAUUUAUUUUAUGUAGAGUUUAUAAUGAUUGUUGCAAGUAUUUGUAAUUGUAUAUACAAAGAGUAUUUGUUAAUAAUCAUGUAAUAUUCAAGGUCACAUUGUCGUAUUAUAGUUACUUUUAUUUGCAUAUUAAUACUUAUUAUUAUGUAUUAUUAUAGAUU